AAACGAAACGCGUCACAUUUGAGACUGACCCAGAAGAGAGCCGAUCGCCAUGCGUCGGCUUCGGUAGGAGGACGCGAUGGAUGGGAAACUUUUUUUUUUUAAUACAAAUUCAGAGCUUUUGCCGCUACUUUUCCAAAGGCACUCAAACCUCUGCUGCCACGAACACAAAGGACGACAAGGAAAUUCGCUUUGGCAACUCGCUUCCGAACUGCGCGAUGCUCGUCGUGUCAGCAACGUCGAAGUUGACGUGCAAGGCGGAGGAAAACAUAUUUCUUCAUUUGGAAAUUCAAUUCACUCCAUCAAUGAUGUCAUUGUUAUGAAGGAAUUAUUAUUCAUAGUUAAUUAUUAAUUCACCAAGUCAACGUCUCCAUUUGUGAAUUUGGGUACUGUCGUACAUCGCGGGCGCGCUGGCGCCCGUCGUGGGGCCCCGAGCCGGUCGCCAAACAACCAUUCGCAGCGACGGGCGAGUUAGAGUCUUCAAUGAACCGAAAAGCCACGCAGGCACGGGGAGAACGUGCGGAACUGUGAGGUGGACGCGCGAACCGGUCUGUCGUCAACCGUUACCGGGACUUGAAAUGCGAACACGUCGAGUACACCAAAUAUGGAAACAAUCUCUCGGCAUUUCGCGAAGGGGAAGACCCGAGGGUGAUGUUGCUCCUUCAACACCCACCUGCCUGCUGCGAUGUCUGUCCAAGUCUCUGGGCCUGACGGAGGGUUUCGGGGGCCGGGGGGCCGGCGGCCUGCCCGCCGGCCUUUCUCCGGGUGAGGAGGGCGACGCCAAGUACCUGAGGGACAAAUACGGCUACGACGCCUACCUGAGCGACACCAUCUCGCUGGACAGAAACAUCCCCGACCACAGACCCAGCAGGUGCAGAGAUGUCGGCCACCCCCGGGAUCUCCCCCAGAUGGCGCUGGUGUUCAUCUUCGUCAACGAGGCGCUGUCCGUCAUCCUGCGCUCGGUCCACUCGGCCGUCAAUCACACGCCGGCCCACCUGCUCAAGGAAAUCAUCCUGGUGGACGACCGCAGCGACGACGAGCAGCUGAAAGGACCUCUGGAGGACUACGUGAAUAAGCGCUACCCCGGCCUGGUCAAGAUCGUCAGGAACCGCAAGAGGGAGGGUCUGAUCCGGGCCAGGAUCGAGGGCUGGAAGGCGGCCACCGCCGAGGUGACGGGAUUCUUCGACGCCCACGUGGAGUUCACGCCCUUCUGGGCCGAACCGGUUCUGACUCGAAUCAAGGAGGACCGCAGGAGGAUCGUCCUGCCGUCCAUCGACAACAUCAAGCACGACACCUUCGAGGUGGAGCGUUACGAGAACUCGGGCCACGGCUACAACUGGGAGCUGUGGUGCAUGUACAUCAGCCCGCCGAAGCAGUGGUGGGACGAGGGCGACGUGGCGGCGCCCAUCAGGAGUCCCGCCAUGAUCGGCUGCUCCUUCGUGGCCGAUCGGCUCUUCUUCGGCGAGCUGGGCCUGCUGGACCCUGGCAUGGACGUCUACGGGGGAGAGAACAUCGAACUGGGCAUCAGGGUGUGGACGUGCGGCGGCAGCAUGGAGGUGUUGCCGUGCUCGCGCGUGGCUCACAUUGCCCGCGUGAAGAAGCCGUACCACAGCAACAUCGCCUUCCACAUGCGCCGCAACGCCCUGCGCGUGGCAGAAGUCUGGAUGGACCACUUCAAGUCCAACGUCUACCUGGCCUGGAACAUCCCCACGGAGAAUCACGGCAUCGACUUCGGCGACAUCUCUGAGAGGGUGGCGCUGAGGAAGAGCCUGCGGUGUAAGAACUUCCAGUGGUACCUGGACAACGUUUACCCUGAGAUGAGGACGUACGACGACACGCUCUACUACGGCGAGAUCCGCAAUUCCAAAGUGAGCCACCUGUGUUUGGACCAGGGCGUGAGGGAGAACCACACGGCCACCCUGCACCCCUGCCACGGCUGGGGUCCCCAGUUAGGACGUUACACCAAAGAGGGUCGUCUGUUCCUGGGCCCCCUGGGCAGCACCGGAUCGGACACGCGGUGCGUGGCGGACGAUCCCGCCAGCGCGUUGCCGCAACUCCUGGACUGCGACAAAGACGACGGCCGACGCCGCGCCGAGUGGAUUUUCGCUCAGGGCGGUUCCCUGGUAAACUCCGCCACGGGCCGCUGUCUGGAGGCGGUGCCCGCCAACGUGUACUUCGGCCACCGGGCGGUGCUGCGGCCCUGCUCCGGGCAGCGCUGGACUAUGAAGAACACCGGGACGCCGCGGACGCAGGCGUAACGGUAGCGGUGGCGUUUACCCGCCUCGCCCGAGCGGGAUGUCGCCGUGAACCAGAUGGCGCGGCUUCGCACAUUGACAUAAUUAGACGCGCGGGGGCGUCGGUGACGAUCUCCUCGGCCUCGACGUCGAGAACAUUUGGGGAUCGACUUCUACGGAACGCCAUCUCGCGUCGGGACUUUACGAAAGAAAUGAACCCGGAGGAGCCGACCGGAGGAGGAAAGAGGGCCGACCGCGUUCGCACGAAGACAUCAUUUGACGACUAAAACCUAAUGAUGAAAACUAGAACUGACCGUUACAGCGAAUGUACUUGUUGUAAUGGGCGGUCAUCUUUUGUUUUUUUCUCCAAUGGCGGUUGCUCGGGGUCGCCGUGCUGAAGCCGUUUUGAGGGCUUCGUUGCCUCAUUUCCAGCCCGUGGCGACCUAUUAUGCAGAGCGGGUUCGGCGCGUGCCAGUAAAGCCGAUAUUGUUUUUAUUGCCUGAUAUUGUUUCAUUAUUCUGCCUGUUGGAUUUGUGUUUGUUUUGAUUACAAAUUACAAAUAUUUGCCGA